AUGAGACGGGAACACAUCCAUUUGGACCUGUAUCCAAAUUACCCACCUCUGGACAACACUAGGCCGGGCCAGAGGGCAACACAUCCAACUCCCGCCGACUUCCAAGCUGCCGAAGAACUAAUUCUCAAGGACUUCAGCUUAAUCAGUUAUGGCCGACUUGCAUUGUACGAAUGCCCUCCAAAAGCCGACCCAAACACCAACCCGGAAGUAGAUCCCAGUCCACCCGAGCCAUCCGCGGUUACCAAUGAAUCGGGCAAGCCACCAAAACCUGAAAAGCCAAAAUGUACUUUCAUCGCUUACAUUCAAUUCACACGCUCGGAGGAUCUUUCUGAGGAGGACAAGAACGACCUCGACUUCAUCACCACCUUCCUUCAUGACUCUACACGAUUUGUUAAUCCUGUCGACCUCAUUCACAAGAUCUUUCGCGGCAAGAUGUGGACCAUUGGCUGGCGCAAGUCACAAACUCGUGGUGAAGUUGCUGGGAGAUACAUCGAUACAGCAGGCAUCACUCAAAACCCCCUAGCCUAUUUAGAUAAACUCAUCAACGGCAUUUCUGCAAGUGAUAUAAUACACAAGCUUUUUUAUUCAAUUGCGGAUGCCGCUGUCGAUGCCGCAAAUGUGUUACUUACUUCUUUAGGGCUUCCAGGCUACUGUGAUCCCAACUUGAAGCGAUCAAACAAUAAUUGCUUUGCCUCCAACUUGGCUUUUACUCGAGAUGAAUUUUCCAACCGACCACACUGUGAUGACGAUAAAACCAAGAACGCCUUUUUGUUACUUUCAAAUAUCAACCGAGAGGAUGGUACCAUUGCCCUUGCUGGUGACAAAGAUUCUACCUUCACAGAGUAG